GCCUUUUCUCACUCUUCCCCACACCCCCACGGGCGAGAGACACACACCAGCGACAUGACUACACAAACGAAUGGCAGUGCUGGCCAUCCCAGGCCGUACAAGUGUCCAUACCCCCUUUGUGGGCGCGCUUUCAGUCGGCUGGAGCACCAGACCCGACAUAUACGGACGCACACGGGCGAGAAGCCUUUUGUGUGUACCUUCCCGCUCUGCGAGAAGCGUUUUUCGCGCUCGGACGAGCUGACACGACACUCGCGCAUACACAGCAACGACCCCGCGCCCGCGAAGAAGAAGGCCAGGAGUAGGGCCAACAGCGACGACGAGGCGGACUACGCUAGGACGACAGCGAGGGGCACGGAAAGUGGCCACGAACACCGCUAUGGAGACGGGUAUAGGACGUCUAGCACGGCCUUUACCACUCUCUCGAGUGUGGCUAUGGACGAGUUAUAUGCCCUCGAAAGGGAGGAGGCGCUGAGACGAGCAGAGUACGAGGCGAAACAUGCUGCAGCCCUCCGGAGAGCAGAAAGCGAGACGACACACCACCAUGACUACCAGCAACAGCAGCAACAACAACAACAUCGACUAUCCAAUGCACGAGAGCGGGAAAAGACAAGCAAGAACCACCGUAGACUGAGCGGGCCUGCGUGGCAGAUGACGCCAGCAUCCAGAGACCCUCCCGUGUUGACUGUGCCCCCAACCCCAGCCCAUUCGAGGUCCGCCUCCCAUAUCGCAUCUCAUCCAUCAUCGUCCAUCAGUAAUGAACGGGAUCGAGAUCGCCAAACAAGCGCUUCUCCCCAAAGCGAGGACUCGGAGCUGCCAUUGACCAUGCGCAGAGGGAAUUGGCAUCAUCCUACGCCAAGUACUUCGCCUUUCCUUGGUCCACUCAGAACUCUUACUCUCCAUUCCCGUGCCCCCAGCCCACCACCGCUCUCCUUAGAAACAACUCCUUCCGGGACCCCACACCCGCAGCAUCUUGCGCAUUCAGUCCGUCUGGCAUUUGGAAUGACCCCGAUUCAUAGCAAUGCGUCACCGACGAGUAACUACCCGCCUCCGCCGUCAUACCAACGCACGACAUCUUGGCCAUCAUUCCCGCCUGUCUCCGCCAUGUCCACGCCCACGUCCGCGUGCACAAGUACCGGCUGGAGUAGCGGGACUGGAAGCAAUGGAGCGAGUAGCGCAAGCUCAAGCAUGCCCAAUUCGAGAAGCGCCAGUCCCCCAAUACGGUUAGCUCCGCUGAAACGCGAUGAGCCCUCAAGUCCGCCCAAAAUCAAGAGUGAUGGGGGUGACCGGCUAGUGCACAGGGUCGAGUUGCCUGGGUUCAGCGAGUUCGAGGCUGCUUCAAGAGGGGAGGUGUAUUAG